UAAACCUCAAAGAAGAAGAAGAAGCGGAAUCAGCUGGAGGCAUAUCAGGACUAUUGCUGUAUUUAUCUUAUAUUUAUGAACUAACGUCAGUAAAGUAACGUAAAAUAUCGGUUUACGCUCUACUUUUGACGAGUGCCUUCGGUCAGUCACUAACUAACGUUAAAUGUUAUCGAUCAACGUUAGCAAACAGCGGAUCUCCCCCUUUAUGUUUUUUCAGCGAAACUAACGUUAACGUUACUCGAAAAGGGUGAGGAGCAGUGAAACAACAUCGACACACAGCCCGCAGUGUUUUCCAACCAGUCCGUCAGUCCUGUGGGGCAGCUCUUGUUGUAGUGAAGGGGCAGGAGGGAAUCCCAGCAGCCAGAGAGACAGCAGGACAGGCAGGACUCAGGAUGCCUCUAUUCUUCAGAAAGAGGAAACCCAGCGAGGACUCCCAGAAGAGACUGGAAUAUCAGCUGUGCCUGUCUAAGGAAGCAGGUGCUGAUGACAUCCUGGACCUCUCAGCUUGUGAGCUCUCAGAGGUUCCCUCGAGUGCCUUUUCCAUUUGCAAGGUGCUACAGAAGAAGGUCCUUAUUCUCCAUAACAAUGAGCUGAGGUCAUUGAUACCCAAAGGGUGUGACAUUAGCACCCUUUCCUUAAAGGUUUUGGAUCUGCAUGAGAACAAGCUUACCUCACUCCCAGAGGACAUUGGGAAGCUGGCGUCACUGCAGAUUUUGAAUGUAGAGAAGAACUGUUUGAAGGCCCUGCCAGACUCCAUUGGGGAUCUGCGGCUUCUUCAGACACUCAAUUUGAAGGGUAACUGUCUAAGUGAGCUGCCAUCCUCGUUUGGUUCUCUGAGCAGCCUGCGCACCCUGGACCUGAGUGACAACAACAUAGUCCAGCUCCCCAAAGCUCUGGCCUAUAUCCGAACACUAGAGAGCUUUACACUUGAUGCGGCGAUGAUGUCCUACCCACCUGCGUCUGUGUGUACAGAGGGGACGGAGAGCAUCCAACGCUUCCUGUGCACUGAGCUGGGAGAGGAGUACUGCCCCCCAUCCCAGUAUCUCCUGCCGGUGCUCGAGAACAACUGUGGCAAAAAGAGCUCUGACUGUUUGGAUGGCUUAGAGGAGGCCUGGCAGAAUAAAUUCAGUGACUACGAGAAGAGAAAGGAACAGAAGCAGCAAGAGAAGCUGGCCUUUGAGCGGCACCUGGAGGAGAGGCAAAAGGAGCACACCCAGCUUGUACUCAUGAACAACUCCCACAAAGAAAACAUGCUCAACUCAGUCCGACAGGAGCAGGAGCGUCUGGAGCAGGGGGUCAGCCAGCAGCAGAGGGCUCAGGAGGCAGAGAGGCUGCUGGUGCUGGAGAAAGUCCGACAAGCUGAAGACAGCAUCAGCAAUCGCAUCAGCAACAUGCUGAUGGACAAAAACAGACAGAAAAAAAGUGCAGAGUUUCUUCAAACCAUGGAGGAAAAUCGGAUUCAUAUGGAGCAUCUGGCUGCCAUCACACAGGAAGAAGCCAGUUCACUGAGGAAGAGGGACGUGGCAGCGGCCAUGCAGAAGAUGCUGUCAGACAGCUGUGCUAUGAGUCUCCUCCAGGAGGCCAGUGACUUUCGCAGACAGAACCUGGUGUCUGAGGCCUGCAGAAGUAUGGAGAAUUUGGACAAGAAGUUUGAUAAGAUGCUGUCCCUCCAAGUUUUGGACAAAUCUAAAGCCAUUGCCCACAUCUUACAGGAGGAGGAGAUGCAGAAAGCAGCGUUCCAGGCCCUGCAGCUGCAGAAAGAUGCUGUCCACGGCUACAUCCGCAACCAGAUCAAGCUCAUAGAGGGUGAAUUAAUGCAGCUGACUAAAUUGGAGAUUAAAAGACGCAGUCUGGAUGCUGAGAACCUGCAGGAGGUUCUGGUGGAGCAGCGCACAGCUCUCAGUGAUUUGUUGCAACAGCUGCUGAAGCAGAGAGACCAGAGAGAGAAGGAGCUGCGGCAGCUUCUGGCGGAGAUCGAGCUGAAGUCUGAGUCCAACCAGCAGAACUACUGGAUGAUCCAGUACCAGAGACUGUUGGAUGCCAAGCCCCUGUCACUGCGCAUGCAGGAAGCGGGCGUGGAGAAAGAGUUAGUCAACCUAUUGUGCAAACUGUCAGCUCAACACUACCUACCCAUCCUGGCUCAUCAUCGAGUGACAACUGAGGCCCUUUACCACAUGAACUCCGCUGACCUCAAGAAGCUUGGCAUCAAUGAAAUAGGAAUCCAGAAAGCUCUUCUGAACUGGGCUCGGGAACACCAUCUGGAAGCAGGAGCUUGUAAGGCUGUCCAGCAGGAUGAGGAGGCAGAAGUUGUCCCCACAGCUCCAUCCCUUUCCCCCCCUCCAUCGUUUCCCCACACCUCGAUAGUCCAGAUCCCCAGCCCGCCACUCACCCCGGGGACCCCUGUCACUCCCUCAGCCCCAAGCCCUGUGGAGGGACCAGGGAGCUCCGAGUGUGUGGUCUGCAUGGAGACCGGGUCUCAGGUCAUCUUCCUGCCCUGUGGUCAUGUCUGCUGUUGUCAGGUGUGCAGCGACGCCCUGCAGAACUGCCCUCUUUGUCGUAGCAACAUAUCCCAGCACAUACGCCUCUACCACGGCUAGAACCAGCUGUGCGACUCCUUCACUGACCACAGCGCUCUUUAUUUUUGCAUGAUAAUGAAGCUGCUGAGAGCUAAUCCUGUUAUGUAUAGAAAAGCUUUUAGCAGGUUUUCAAAGAGCUGAGCCACUUUAUGUAUUAACCAAACUACUUUGUGAUGUACAUGCAGAAACAAGUUUUUAAUAGAAUAAUUUUUAAUGGUGUUUUUGGUUGUCACUGGGGUCUAAGCCUGUUGUAUUUUGUUGUUCUUUUUAAAUUCUAUAAUUUAUUUUUUUGUAUUAUAUAUUAAGAGCCAUGUAGGUGGACUGACUGUUCUUUGCCUUAUUAUACCUUCUCAAUUGAUGUGUGCCUUUUUCUGGUAAUCUCUUUUUAAAAAAAUACUGUUUGUCUGUGUUGUCAACCAGAGUAACACCGGUCAACAGUUAUUAAGUUAACAUAAUCUAUUGAUUGUUAUUGUUUUUUGUUGCAUCAGUAAUGCAGCCUCAUAAUGUUAUCUGACAUGUCUUGGCCUCACUGCCAGAGGCUUUCCCUUCUCUUCCAGGUACCUGGAAUUCUUUAUCUAGUGUUAAUAUGGAUGAAUUACAUAUCGGUGCAUAUCAAGAUAAUUAGAGAAACAUGUUUCUGCCUGGGUCAGAAAUGAGCUGCUGGAUCCCUGUUACCACCCCAGUCCCCACACUUUCUCUAUUAUACUGCUGUGAUUCUAAUACUAUAUUACAUGAGCCCAGGUUUACUGUUUGGCAAUCUGAAAAACAAAGAAAUGUAUAAAUAUGCACCUUAUUAGCACUAUUGGAGUUCAAACGAUGAAGAUUGCAAAGGGAACUCAGUUGUUAUGUUUAUAUAUGUUUAGUUUUAGUUGUGAGUUCUCAUCCUGUUAAACAGAUGUAUAUUUUUUUUCUGUGGAUCUAGAGGGAAUUUUAAAUUCUAAGAAAGUAGUAACAGAAAGCCUGUCUUUCAAAGAAGAGGCAUGGAGUUUAAAGGACAUGAGUGUUGACCCAACAGGUGGGAUCUAAUAAAAGAGGCUGUUUUAUUAUAUGCUGUUUUUGGAGCUUGACACAUUCUAAUAACUACAGGAUUUCUAAACUUCUGCUUUGAUUUUUUCCCGUCAGUCUCACCCAUUCCCCCUGCUUUAUGAAAGUGCAAUACUAAAUUGAUAAAGUAGUCAUUUAAAACUACAUAUUAACACAGGGACUCUCUUUAAGUUGAUUGUGUGCUUUGUGGUGAAAAUGUUCCACUAUUUCCAAACAAAGUUAAGUUAAUUUAUCAAAUGAACACAACAGUUUGCCAAAAAGUCCACUUUAGCUUCUUUUCCAUUUGUCUCUGACAUAGUUUGGAUCACACUCUUUGAAUUGCUAUAGAUGGUACGUUCUGUACUACCAACACAUCACCUGUUUGUAGCCAUCACUAAUGCUAUCAUACUCUUCAAGUGCUCUUAACGUUGACAUCUUAGCAUGUUUCAGGAAAUAUCUUUACCUGUUGUAUAUGAGUCUGUUAAAUGUAGGUUGUAAGAGAUUCCACUUCUAUAUACUGUAAAUCUGACAUCAACAGACUGUGAUAUAAAAUAUAUGUGUGUCAUUUUCCUGUACUCACCAUUUUCCUGUGGUCAAUAUAAAAGCUUUGUGUUGCACAGACGCACUGCUGCUACACAGGCAGCAACAUUUGGAAAUACAGUAUUUAAACAGAA